ACCAGUCUUCUCAGGAUUCUCGAUACAUGCAAGACAAAGCCCGAUACGCCUUCCAUCCAGUAAUCUAGAAGAAAGCGAGAAACGUUUCAUUCAUCAUGAUCCGACCAACUUGUUUAAUCGUAUCGCUUGCCGUCAUCUUGGCCAUUGUUUCGGCUUUGCCGCAGCAACCCAAAUCUAGGAGACCCGUUCCAGAGUUUAAGAACAAGACUGGCGGCUUGGAGCUUCCGGACAAUGCGACGCUGAUUCGGGACAAUAUCGUGGACAACUUCUCCUGUCAGGACAGAAUUUAUGGAUAUUACGCCGAUAUGGAUAACGAUUGCCAGGUUUUCCACGUUUGCAUGCCGCAGGCUAGGGGAUCGAUCAGAUGGAGCUUCAUCUGCCCCGCGGAGACCGUGUUUAAUCAGGCAACGUUCGUUUGCACGAAAACGGAAAACUCAAUACCCUGCGAGGAGUCUGAGAAGUUUUACAAUUUGAACGAGGCGAUUGGCAAGGAAGUGGAGGAAGAGGAAAGCGACAUGGAGCACGCCACGAAAGAAUCGGACGUGGAAGCGAUUUCGAACAGACCAGAGACCAGGACGUCGAGAAUCUUGAACCGGAAGAAGCCGUCGCGAAAACAGUGAUUUUCUUUCAGACAACGUUCGCGAAGAA